AUGAGCGCUGAUACUAGCCAAACGAAUGAAUACAUUGUAUCGAACAUCAGGGAAUAUAUGCAAAAGGGCAAUUUUUUCGAUCUAUUUCAAGGAAGAAAUGUCAAUGAAAUCUUCGAAGCAGGAUAUCUCAAAAUUGAAGACUAUAUCGAUCUCAUUGAACAAGCUGCGAAUAGCAAGAAUGCUUAUGAAUCAAUUUUCUAUUUACUUAAUGCAAACGUUACAAUAAAUAGUAUUCAUGAUGCAAAUUUAAUUUCCAAAGCAUAUGCUCAACAUUGUAAUCUGAAAAUUUUCAAUUUCCUCAGCAAUACAUUAGAUCAAUCAGAAGAAAAUGUAAGGGAAAUCCCAUUACCAAUAGAACAAAACGAACAACAGAAAGCUCAAAUAUUAGAUCGUGAAGAGAAGAUAUUUGCACACAAAUUUCCAACAAAAAUCGAAUGA